UUUCCCAAGCCACCUGCGAAGUUUAAAUCUACCCUAGACUCCCUCUCGUGUCUCCUCUUCUUCUCUUCUCUGCGUUCCUCGUAUCUCCCGUCAUCUAUCCUACCUUUCUCGGUCGCUAUACGAACAACAGUACCCACCAUUCGCUUUGGGUAGCUUCUUUAUACCUUAAUACUUUGUAAUACAACGUCGUAGAACUACACCACUUUACCAUCCGAACAUUCGUAUCAAGAUGCGUUUCAUCACCGCCAUCGCCGUCGCCAUCUCAGCCUCUGCUAGCUUCGUCGCUGCCCAGGACAAGUGCGAUGCCCAAAACAUUGUAGACACUUGCGUCCAAGGUUACCAAUCCCGCAUCGACGCCUGCAACGAGAACCCCAACGACUUCAUCUGUCUCUGCGACGUCUACAGAGAUGUUCUCGUCUGCUACAACAACUGCCCUGACUCCCUUGAGAAGCCUCCUGUCCAGAACACCGUAACAUCUUACUGCGGUGCCGCCGAGCUAGCUCCACUCCCACCAGCUUCGCUGGUGCGGGUAGCAGCUUCGGUGUACCUGCUGGUGCCGCCAUUGUUGCCAUGUUUGCUGGUCUGUUGUAGAUGGAGUAGUACAAUUGCUGGUGGUCGAGCGGGUAGUUGGAUGAAUAGGAUAAUAUUUAAUCAGUGAUACGAUGGCUUUCCUGGGUUGACUGACAUGCCUGCCGUUUGCAACUAGUUACGUGUGUUGCGAAUACUUUUCCACGUCUGCAAAGGCGUACACACGGCAGCCAUGACAUGCUCAGAGGCAACACAAUUGGCCAUGUCACGUAGACUCCGUCCAGGUCUCAUCAUCCUUCAUUGUUACAGCGCUCAUAUAA